AUGAGCAAGCGACCUUGCGUGGCGCCGAGGGCAGUCCUGCACGCUGGCGUUCUCGCUUCCAUCGGGCAGUGCUUGGCCUCGACCAACGACGUCCGCAUGCUGUUGCUGGCGCUGCCAUUGGAUGCUCUCGACGAGCCGCUGACUGCGCUUCGCUCACUCGUGUCGACACCGAGGGCCUUGCAUCCAGAGCACUGGCCGCAGGUCUGCAUCGAAGACAUGGACGAUCGCUACACGGCAACUGUUCUCGCCGCGCUGCCGGUCUUUAGUUCGAAACCCGGCGCGAUUGGCGACGCAACCAUGGCAUUUGUCGCCAAGUGGGGUCACAAGGUCAAGUGCAUCCGGUUGACGACGUGGCAAGAGCACUACAUACAUGUCCUUGCUCCACUCCUCCGUCUCUGCACCGGUCUCGAUGAGAUCAUCGUGCACGCGGCCGAGGCAGAUCCGCGCUUCCUUAACGCCGUCGCUGUUGCCACACUGUGCAUCACGCGCAUGUAUCUGGCUGGUCUCAGUGACAAUGCGUUUGCAAGCAAAAGCUGGUUGACAGCCAUGACAACGUGGCUGGCCUCGGGCCGUGCGAGGGAGCUCAAGCUCGUGAAUAUUGUAUCGACCGACGACAAAAUUUUGGCGCGGGCGAUCGCCGCCGCUGCAUCGCUCACGAGCCUCGAGCUCCGCGAUACCUACGGCCUUGUCCAAGGUCUACUGGAGGCUGCGAUGCCACUGCCCCACCUGACUGCGCUGCGGCUUCAAACGCAGCUCGACACGACCAACUUGGAGCUGCUGUUGACGAAUGCUAUUAAGCUCUCGGCGCUCCGUGUGCUUGAGCUCGGUGACUGUAGUAGCACGGACGAUCAGUUCUUUCUGAUGCUUUUGCCGCGACUUGUGGCGCUCGAAGAGCUCUCACUUGCGCGCUGCCGUAUGCGAAGUGUCCACCCCUUGACGUUGGCGCCGGCGCCGCGUCGACUCCAAACGUUGACAUUGUACAGGUGUUUCAUGGACGACAUCUCGUGCCUGAGUCUUCUCGAUUGGGCCUUGCAGUCACCAUAUCUCAAGUCCAUUUCGCUCGACUCGGUCGCAACGGUGAAGUCGAAGCCCGUGCACGUGGGUCGCUUGGUGCGUCGAUGGAUCACCGCCGGCAUCGAGCGCGUCACGAUUCCGAGCGGUUCCAUGGGCGCCGAGAGUGUGAUCGCGGUCGCCAUGGCGCUCUGUGACACACCGGUCCUCACGUUUCGUGUUGUACAUUGGCAACGAUGCGAUGACCAUGGCGUCCUAUGUCGCGCUGUUGGACGCGCUGGCCACGUGCUCGGGCGUCACGCUCGAGGUGUUUGA